CCCGGCUGCCAAGACAACGAGUCCGCGCCCCGCGCACGGCUGCCGCUCGGGCGGGACCCAGGCUGGACCGCGGACCCCGGCCUGGGGGCACAGCUGCUACCGCCGCCGCCACCUCGUCUCCUCCCCUCCCCGCCCCGCGUCUCCUCGCUUCCCUCGGGUCCGCGGCCGGGGUCCCUCCCCGCCGCCCCAACCCUGCGCGGAUGCCGAAAGUAAAGGCGCUGCAGUGCGCCCUGGCGCUGGAGAUCCACUCUGUAACUUGCCCAGGAGUGGUGCUGAAAGACAAGGAGGACAUCUAUCUUAGCAUCUGUGUGUUUGGCCAAUACAGAAAGACACAAUGUGUCCCAGCCAAUUUUCCACUGGUCUUCAAUGCCAGAAUGGUGUUUGAAAAGGUGUUCCCUGAAGCAGUAGACCCUGGAGAUGUGGUUGCACAGCUUGAAUAUGAUACAGCAUUGUUUGAGUUGAUUCAGCUAGUUCCACCAGUGAGUGAAACACUGUCUACAUAUGAUGAGAAUACACGAGAUUUCAUGUUUCCGGGUCCAAAUCAAAUUUCUGGACACCAUGACUCAAACCGCCAGGUUACCAUGAGGAGGAUUUCUGGCCUUUGCGGAAUUGCUCCAAAGCUGGAAUUUUCUACAACCUCAGUGAUUACCGAAUGUCUGAUAAAUUCAAGGAAGUGCCACACUCAGGAUAAAUUUAUUCACCAUACGGCUCCAGUUGAAAAAUCACAUGGCAGACUGCAAACCAGAACAUCAAGGUCACAAAAGAAAAAAUCCAAAUCACCUGAGAGAAAUAAAUAUUGCAUAAAUGCAAAAAACUACGAACAGCCUACAAUUUCUUCAAAAUCACACUCUCCAUCUCCUUACACAAAAAGACGCAUGUGUGAGCUAUCUGAAGACACAAGGCAGCGGCUGGCCCAUUUAAAUCUGGGGCCCUAUGAAUUCAAAAAAGAAACAGAUAAACCUCCGUUUGUGAUUAGACAUGUUGAUCCCCCAAGUCCCAGGGCUGAUGCUUUAUUUGGAUCUUCUGGCAGAGACUGUGAAAGAGAUGGAUGGUCCAGGCUGCACAAUGAUCAUUCUCAUCUUGGCUGCUACCGACCCAAGGAUUAUAAGGUCAUCAGAACACCUCAUGGGAGAGACUUCGAUGACUCUUUGGAAAGAUGUGAUGACUAUUUGAGUUCAAGGUCAUGUAGCAAGCCCCAGCAUUCAUCCAGGACCUUACUCGUUCAUUCAGCACCCUCUGCAAUGCCGAAGCAUUCUCCAAGCCCUGUGUUAAAUCGUGCUUCUCUCAGGGAAAGAUUCCAUUCUGAUUGGUGUUCAACUUCAAACUGUGAUGAGAUCCAUGACCGGGUAAAGAAUGUCUUGAAAUCACAUCAGGCUCAUCAGAGACAUUUAUAUGAUGAGGGAGACCCAGAAAAAGAAGAUGAACUGGAACUGAAAAGAGGUCUUUUAUAUAGAGACUCUGCCUAUGACAGUGACCCAGAGUAUAGCUCACUUCAGCAGCCACAUGGCACUCUCCAUUUGGAUGAUGGCGAAUACUGGUCCAACAGGGCAGCCUCUUAUAAAGGAAAAUCCUACCGACCCAUCUUUGAGAACAGCAUGGAGAAGAUGUACAGGAACUUAUACAAAAAGGCCUGUAGUUCUGUUUCUCAUACACAGGAAAGCUGCUGAGACCAGUGGUGAUAAACUGUAUGAGUGUCCUUGUCAACUUCUCAAUGAAAACGUUUGAUGUGA